AUGGCCAAGAUUGUGCCGCCCAUGAACUUUGGCCUCGUCGAGGACGGGUUCUACCGCUCUGCACAGCCGACCGAGCUCAACUUCACCUUUAUCGAGAAGUUGGGCCUGCGCAGCGUCAUCUGGGUCGGCGCCGAGGAACCCUCAGAUGUCUUCGUGUCGUUCCUCGACUCACAGGGUAUUAUGCUGCACAACCUUGCCCCGCAGGUCAGCCUAAACCCUCACUUCCCGCCACCGUACUGCGAUGCCGGCGUGGUCCCCCUCAGCGGGCAGUACCACCUGCCUCCUCUCCCGCCACCAACAGAGCCGCUCAUCAUCCACGCCCUCAGCCUCCUCUUACAGCCAAGCACGUUUCCCACGUUGGUGUGCUGCAACAUGGGCCGCCACCGCACGGGCACUGUCGUCGGGUGCUGGCGCAAGUUGCAGCGAUGGGCGCUGUCAAGCAUCCUCGAAGAGUACCGGAGGUACGCGGGGAUGAAGGUGCGGGUAUUGAACGAGCAGUUCAUCGAGCUGUUCGACACGGACCUCGUGUCGAUUAACGGCGAUGCCGUCGUGGUAUAG